AUGGGGAGUGAUUCUGAUGCUCUUCUUCCUGAACAAGAUGAGACUGACGAGUACCCAAUGGAUUUGGUGAAUGGGGAGCAACAGUGUGUGAUGUCUGAUAAGUUGGCUGUCGCACCGGCUACCAAACGUCCACCGCCUACACCUCAACAAGAAGCCAAACAACACAAGUUCACGUUUUAUGGAGUAAAAUAUAGAUCAGUUAAUAACCAUAAUAUUAUCUAUUCUAUUCAGAAAGCCAACACUCGUAAACAUCUAGCUUUAAUUGAUAGAGGUGCCAACGGCGGCAUUGCUGGAGACGAUGCCCGCAUCAUCAUUGCCAUCAUACGCCAACAAGCCUACGUUGGAAAGGGCCAAUCCAUUCUGUCCAACGGACAAAUGGAACAUUUCAAGAUCGUCAUGGACGACAAGUCUACCAAAGUUGGUGGUCAACAGCGCUUGACAACACCAGAUGGCUUCGUCUUACCACUUGACAUCAGCAAUGGCCUCCCAUAUCUGCGAAUGCGCCCACCAACGGAAUGUGAGCUGAGUAAUCCCAACAUCCCACAUGUCGUACUCACCUAUGACACUGAUUGGGAUCCAUGUGUACUGGAUCAUUUGGUCGACGAUAUGGAAGAAUGGGCAAAGUCCAUUCCCGACCAUGAAUGGGCAAACCCCGUUCCCAACUGCGAUCCUGAGGAUGAAGAACGCCUGUUUGAUCUUGUAGGAGUUCUUGAGAAUAAUAAAGCUGUUACUUCUUUUAAGGAUUCUAAACUAGAUGAAACUACUGAUUUCUUUGAGAACUUCAAUUGUGUUCUUCCAACUGAUGGACUGUUCGAACAGCACCAUCGAGCGUUCGACAACCUCACAUGGUUCGACUGCAACAUGAUCGACCUAUUUGGCUUUGACGCAGCACCAGAAGAUUCACCCAUCCCAGAGUGUUUCAAGGUCUACAAAGCUCGUAAGCCCCCUUCAAUACUGUUCAGCCCAGGCCAAUCGGUCAACUAUGAUAUUGAGUCAGCUCCUUUGAAAGACAGCUCUUUCAAGGACCUCAUCCUUGAUUUGGGCAAAUCGACUAGGAAGACACCUCAUGGGGAGUUGGAUUGUCAGAAGUCUGCUCUAGAAGAUGCUGUUGCUUUCUUUACUUACUUUGUACUGGAAGACGACUUGCUCCAGCAGUUGCUGGAAGCAAGCAUGGGGAGAGAUGAUGCUACUAGUGCUCUUCCUCCUGUACAUGAUGGGAACAAGUCAGAUAGAGAGCCCGACCAAACAAUAGAUGAGAUAGCCACUAACAAAUCUAUUUUAGUUUGUACUCUUGGGAUCCUUGAAGCUACUCUAGACUGUACUCUUGACUCCCUUGGGCCACUUGACUUUGAUCUGAUCGAUCGUGGAUUGAGCACCGCUAACAUUCCAAAUGCCACGCUCGUUCCUAAGCAUUGUACUGAUCAUGACCAAAACGUAUUGGACUCCACGGCUAUUGGAACUGGAGAAGCUAAGCCGACAUUCAAUCAAGUAGACAGUCAUAAUUGUAAUAGAGCCUUACUCUUUACUACUAUGAACGGACAUUCUGCUUUAGAUUGUGCAAUCAACUUCUUCCAAUCCUUUGCCUAUGCGAAUCCAAUAGAUGGACUCCAUGAAGUCCAUCGUCCACCAACUUCUGAUUUAGCUAGACUUGAACGUAGCAUGGAAGAUCCUAUCAACCUGGAUCGCACCGGUGCAACUCAAGUCGCAAUGCCAGAGCUUGAGAUCUAUCAGUCUCACAAGCAACCCUUAACUCAAGAGGCGCGCUUUGAACUGGUGUUGUAUCAAUCUCACAAGCAAUCCUCAACCCAAGAGGCGCGCUUUGAUGACGAUAAUCGAAAGCCUGACGGGAGAAAUGGUCCACCACCUUGCAACAGCUUUGAGCAUGGAUUUCAACCAACUGAGGUUGAACUGAAGAACCCAAGCUGUGAAGUCUCGUGA